GUUCAGUGUGACAGCCCCUCAAACUUCUCUCCGCGUUUGCAACAUAUGCCAUUAACCUACAUGGGACAGAAGUAUUGCUGAACGACGGGGUGGGUGUACGACUGACAGGAGGAACUUUUUUGAAUGAGUUGUCCGAGUUGUCUUUUUUAAAUGUGAUUUACGCAUCUGAAUUUGCCGCUGCCGUGCGCGAGAUGUUUGGAUUUCCUCUCGUGGACGAAGUUUUGUUUGGACAGUUAUGAUCUCCCCUUCUGAUAGGAAUCAACUUGUUAAACCUAAAUUGUGGUAGUAGCACAUGUUAUGCGCAAAGCAGAAGACGAAAGUUUUGGGAAUUGUCUUUUGGGUUCUGUUUUCUAUACUCGCCUAAGUGAGUGAUGAUUGAUUCGGAUGUGUCAGCACCGCCGAGCGCUCAUCCGCGCAGUCCAUCGUCCUGAAGGUCGACAAAGUAAGAAACCACCUGUUGCGAAUGCUUUCAAAAACUUCCCACGGAUAUAACAUGCCCAAAGGAGACUGCCACUCGAGAAAAUAUAUACAUAUGGUAGUGUAAAUAAAUGUGGAUUAUGUUGCCAUGGUGGCAAGAGUUAAAAUGAGGAGUCUUGACCAACAGUUGGUGCUCUCAGAAUGGCUCGUGAGGAUUCGGUAAAAUGCUUGCGCUGCCUGCUCUACGCUCUCAAUUUACUCUUCUGGCUGAUGGCCGUCUGUGUGCUGGGUGUGGCGGCCUGGCUCAGAGAUUACCUGAACACUGUGCUUACUCUGACUGCAGACACCAGGCUGGAGGAGGCUGCAGUUCUGACCUAUUCUCCGGUGGUGCAUCCCGUCAUUAUAGCCGCAUGUUGUUUCCUCAUCAUCGUAGCCAUGGUGGGAUACUGCGGGACUCUCAAAUGCGACCUCCUGCUUCUGUCCUGGUAUUUUGGCUGCUUGCUGGUGAUCUUCUGUGUUCAGCUGGCCAGUGGGGUGUGGACGUACGAUGAGCCUGCAGUGCAAAGGGCAGACAUGAUUAGCCUGAAGUCCCGGAUGCCCAACUAUGGUCUGCAGCGAUACCAGUGGCUCACACACGCCUGGAAUGCCUUCCAGUCGGAGUUUAAGUGCUGCGGGGUCAUCUACUUCACUGAUUGGCUGGAGAUGACGGAGAUGGAGUGGCCACCUGACUCCUGUUGCUCCAAUCAGUAUCCAGGCUGUGCUCGCCACGCCCACUACCGCGACCUCAGUGACCUCCACCAGGAAGGCUGCGGUCCAAAGAUGUACAGUUUCAUCCGCGGCACCAAGCAGCUGCAGGUGUUGCGUUUCCUGGGUGUGUCCAUCGGCGUGGCCCAGAUCCUGGCGAUGACCCUUACGCUCACACUCCUCUGGGCGCUGUACUACGACCGCAAGCCGCCCGACCCCCCCGCCGCCAUCGCACCGACUGAUGCCGCCCCUGCUGGCGCCACUGCCAGUGACCCCCAUGCGCUCUGUCUGGGGGUGGUGUCGGACGAUGCCCCCAAAAUGGGUCACCUGCGGCCCCACGAGGCUUGGGCUGGACAGAGCGCCCAGCUCAACGGACACACACAGUUGGAGAUGGAGCAGUUGUCAUAGCGACGAGCCUGGACCCCCCACAGGAAACGAAACUCUCAGUGGGCGAGAAGGGGACCGGACCACCUGACCCCGCAUGGUUGCCACAGAGGGGAGAAAGGUGGCAGGGAGCAAAGAAGGGCAGACCAUACGGACUAGUUAGUGCACACUAUGCAGACUAGUUAGUGCACACCAUACGGACUAGUUAGUGCACACUAUGCAGACUAGUUAGUGCACACCAUACGGACUAGUUAGUGCACACUAUGCAGACUAGUUAGUGCACACCAUACGGACUAGUUAGUGCACACCAUACGGACUAGUUAGUGCACACUAUGCAGACUAAUUAGUGCACACUAUGCAGACUAGUUAGUGCACACCAUACGGACUAGUUAGUGCACACCAUGCGGACUAGUUAGUGCACACCAUACGGACUAGUUAGUGCACACCAUGCGGACUAGUUAGUGCACACUAUGCAGACUAAUUAGUGCACACCAUACGGACUAAUUAGUGCACACUAUACAGGCUAGUAAGUGUAUACUAUGCAAUCCAAUUAGUGCACAGGUUUAGGGAUGCACCACUAGAAAAGAAGGGAUAGAGUGAAUGAAAGAAAGCAUGACAGAGAGAGGGAUGGUGGGAAUUCCUCAUGUUUAUUCUGUUUUCCCCUUUUUAUGAGUGGCAC